AUGUCCACUUCGACGUAUAAGCGGUUCGAGGAUCCAGAAUCAGGAUCCCUUCCUGAUAAGAUGACCGUUUAUCAGGAAUGUCUUCAGGCUUUCAAUGCUAGUCCAAUUAAAGCUAAGAAGUGUAGAGCUCUUCUUUCCAGAUUACUUCGUCUACUGUAUAAUGGCGAAACCUUCCAGAAGACAGAAGCAACCAAUCUGUUCUUCUCUGUUUCCAAAUUGUUUCAUAACGCUGAUCCAUCGUUGAGACAAUUGGGAUAUUUGGCUAUUAAGGAACUUUGCUCGAUUUCAGAUGAUGUUUUAAUGAUCACUGCAUCCAUCAUGAAGGAUAUUCAAGGUGCAGAGCCUGUUUUUAAACCUGAUGCAAUCAGAACUUUGUCACGUGUUCUUGAUGGAUCUACAAUUCAUGCUGCCGAAAGAGCUAUGAGGAACUGUAUUGUUGACUCCAAUCAGGCCGUCUGCUCUGCUGCCCUAGUUUCAACCUAUCAUAUGUUGCCAGUGGCUCGUGACGUUGUUAGAAGAUGGGCCAAUGAGGCUCAAGAAGCCAUCAGUGCAUCCAAAACACUUGUCAGAUCUCCUUAUACGACCCAUGACAACUUUGGAGCCUCCGCAAGACUUCCCCAGAGCACCUAUUUCCAUCAGUACCAUGCUCUCGGUUUGCUCUAUCACUUGAAGAAACAGGAUCGUAUGGCUAUGCUGAAGUUGAUCCAGCAACUCACAUCGCGUCAGUCGUUGCAGAGCUCUUUUGCCGUUUUGCAACUAGUUAGAUACGUUGCUUCAAUGCUUCAAGAAGACACUUCUGGUCAAUUGGCACAACAGUUCUGGCCCUUAUUCAAUUCUUGGCUCAAUAACAAGUCUGAAAUGGUCGAAUUGGAUGCUGCAAAGGUCGUUCUAGCACCUUCGUCUCGUUUCAAUCAGGAACAACAACUGAAAGCCAUAACUACACUUCAAGAAUUGCUUAGUGUUCCACGUACAGUGACCAGAUUCUCUGCUGUCAGAUUACUAAGUCGUGUGGCUUUAGCUGAUCCUGAAAUGGUUCGUGCUUGUAACUCAGACCUCGAAAGUCUUGUCAACGAUCCUUGUAGGUCCAUUUCUACCUAUGCAAUCACCACUCUUUUGAAGACAGGUAAUGCUCAAAGCGUCGACCGUCUUGUCAAGACAAUUGCAGGCUUUAUGGGCGAUAUCUCUGACGAAUUUAAAGUAGUUGUUGUUGAAGCAGUUAGAACCUUGACUCUUAAAUUCCCCGAGAAGCACUCCUCUUUACUUGUCUUCCUUGGUGAUGCAUUACGGGAUGAAGGUGGUUACAAUUUCAAGAAUUCCGUCAUUGAGGCAAUCUUCGAUAUUGUUAAGUUUGUCCCGGAUGCUCGAGAAGCAGCAUUAGAGCUCUUCUGUGAGUUCAUCGAAGACUGUGAAUACACAGAAUUAGCUGUUCGUGUUCUUCAUUUACUCGGUGAAUAUGGUCCUAAGGCCAAGAAACCUUCUCUUUAUGUUAGACAUAUAUACAAUCGUGUUGUAUUGGAGAACUCGAUUGUGAGAUCUUCCGCGGUUAUUGCGCUCUCGAAGUUUGCUCUUGUUGGUGAUAAGCAGCUUACUGCCAGUAUUCGGAUUCUUUUACAGAGAUGUUUGCAGGAUGUUGAUGAUGAGGUGAGAGAUCGAACUGCAUUAUCAUUGCGACUCGUUGAAGGAGCCGAGCUUAAGUCUUCGACCAGAGCAAGAGCUUUACUUCAACCCGAAACACGUUUUUCCCUUGCUGCAUUAGAACAGCAGUUGUGUAGGUAUGUUCGUUCCAAGGAUAAGACAUCGUUUAGCCAAGCCUUUGAUAUUAAGGUAGUUCCAAGACAUACGGAAGAGGAGAUUUUGGCUACUGAAUACAAGGCAAAAAUUGCGGUUGAAGAUGAUAUGGCAUCAAUGAGUACACAGGCAAAGAUGGAGACAAUUACAUCGAAGAACGAAGCCCAUAUCUUGUCCACAGAAGGAGGAAGAUCGUCAUCUAAGCCAGUUGCGGCAUCAGAUCUUGCAGCCAGAUCGAAUUUACUUCAACAGCAGUAUUCUCAGGAACUUUCUGGUAUAGACGAGUUCCAAGAUUACGGUUUAUUACUUCACUCAUCUGGAGUAGUUGAGCUUACAGAAAGAGAGACAGAAUUCAUUGUAACAGCUGUAAAGCACGUUUUCAAGGAGCAUAUUGUUAUUCAAUAUAACGUAGAAAACACGUUGAAGGAUAUUCAAGUUGAGGACGUGACUGUGAUGACACAGCUUGAUACGGACGAUUACAAAGAAGAAACUGCAGUUCCAGCAGCAAUGUUGAAACCGGACAGUAGUGUUUGUGUCUAUGUAUCGUUUAGUAGACCAGCAGAUCAUCGUAUGGUAUUGGCUACCAUGACAAAUUCACUCGCUUAUGUCAGUAAGGAUGUUGAUGAGAGUACAGGGGAACCUGCUUCAGAUGAUGAAGGAUUCCCAGACGAGUAUCAAAUUGAAGACUUGGCUAUUACGCCCGGAGAUUUCGUGACCCCGUGCUUCACAGGCUCAUUCACGAGUUCUUUCGACGGACUGAACAACGAGGAAGUAGCAGUUUAUAACUUAGGAAGAUCGGAAGAGAACCCUCUUGCAAAGGUGGUGAAGAGACUUUCCCAGUCCAUGAGUAUGACGCCAUUAGAAGGUAGUGAUAUGGUAGAUAGUUCGGCCAGUCAUACGUUGAAGCUCUUUGGUAAGAGUAUAAACGGCGACAAAGUAGCAGCAUUGGUGAAGCUAGUUUCGAGCUCGAAAGGUGUUAUGAUGAAGACUCAAGUGAGAUCGUCAGACAGCGAGUUGGCACAGAUGUUAGCUAACCAAUGGGAGUGA